AUGCACACGACCCCGUGAGUGCGAUUCGAGAAGAGCCGGAAGAUGAGGCUCUGGAUGUUGCUGGUCGUGCUCUCGGUGACGGUGCACGCGUCGCUGGAGGAAAUCACCAGGAACAAGAAUCGCGGCAGGGGAUCCACGUGGUGGGGUAUUGCAAAAGCAGGCGAACCCAACAAUUUUUUACCGAUGUCAGCAGGUUCCAUACACAUGGAACCGGUCUACACCACCCUAAGAAGAAAACAGAGGAGGCUCGCUAGAGAAAAUCCAGGAGUACUGAUGGCAGUGUCAAGGGGUGCGAACCAAGCUAUCGCUGAAUGUCAACAUCAGUUUCGCAACCGGCGAUGGAAUUGCUCGACGAAAAAUUUUCUAAGAGGAAAAAAUCUCUUCGGCAAAAUCGUCGACAGAGGAUGUCGAGAGACUGCUUUUAUCUACGCCAUCACGAGUGCGGCAGUAACUCACAGUAUCGCUAGGGCAUGUAGCGAGGGCAGCAUUCAGUCGUGUUCCUGCGAUUACACUCACCAGUCACGCGUAUCAUCUGCUGUUCGAGAUUGGGAAUGGGGUGGUUGCUCGGAUAACAUUGGAUAUGGCUUCAGGUUCUCUCGCGAAUUCGUCGAUACUGGGGAACGUGGCCGAAAUCUCCGCGAGAAGAUGAAUCUACAUAACAAUGAGGCUGGCAGAGCACACGUGACUUCGGAGAUGCGUCAGGAAUGCAAGUGUCACGGUAUGUCCGGCUCGUGCACGGUAAAGACCUGCUGGAUGCGGCUGCCGAAUUUCCGCGUGGUCGGCGAUAACCUGAAGGAUCGUUUCGACGGGGCUUCGCGGGUAAUGGUCAGUAACUCAGACCGCGCACGCGCUACCAACAAUGCCAUCACCAGCAACUCGGCGAGUAAUUCCGUGCACCAGCAUCGUGACGGUCUCGGACGUCGGCAGCGUUACAAUUUCCAACUAAAGCCAUACAAUCCGGAGCAUAAGCCGCCUGGGCAGAAGGAUCUGGUCUAUGUAGAGCCAUCGCCGCCAUUCUGCGAGAAGAAUCCCAAGCUCGGUAUCCUGGGCACUCACGGGCGACAGUGCAACGACACGAGCAUCGGCGUUGACGGCUGCGACCUCAUGUGCUGCGGCAGGGGUCACAAGACUCAGGAGGUGACGGUAAUCGAAAGGUGCUCCUGCACUUUCCACUGGUGCUGCGAAGUCAAGUGCCAGCUGUGCAGGACGAAAAAGACGAUACACACAUGUCUGUGA